UCCACCAAUACUGUUUCUGCGAUGGGUUCAGAGAAACAUUAUUUUUCCAUCUUUUUCCUUUGUACACCUUUUUGCUUCAAAUUAUAUCUCUCUGUCUUGGUGGUGUUUGUUUUGAGAGCCUGUGCAAACAAAGUAGAUGAGGAAGAUUAUGAGGACACAAUGUUAAAUAGAACAUGGGUCCUGGCACCAAGAGUCCAUGAAAGUGAUGUGACCAAUAUUCUGAACAACUUACUGAAAGGAUAUGACAACAAACUUCGACCAGAUAUAGGAGUGAGGCCAACAAUGAUUGAAAGUGACAUCUAUGUGAACAGCAUUGGACCAGUCGAUGCGAUUAAUAUGGAAUAUACAAUUGACAUAUUUUUUGCACAGUCCUGGUAUGAUAGCCGACUGAAAUUUAAUGGUACAAUGAAAGUUCUCAUGCUAAAUAGCAACAUGGUUGGGAAAAUCUGGAUCCCGGACACCUUUUUCCGAAACUCAAGGAAGUCAGAUGCUCAUUGGAUAACAACACCCAAUCGAUUACUGCGAAUUGAGAAUGAUGGCAAAAUAUUGUAUACUCUGAGAUUAACCAUCAAUGCUGAAUGUUACCUCCAGCUUCAUGAUUUUCCUAUGGAUCAUCAUUCUUGCCCGUUGGAAUUCUCGAGUUAUGGGUAUCCAAAAAAUGAAAUUGAGUAUCGCUGGAAGCACAAUUCAGUUGAGGUUGCUGACCAGAGACAUUGGAGACUAUACCAGUUUGCAUUUGUUGGAUUAAGAAACAUCACUGAAGUAAUGCAUACACAGUCUGGAGAUUAUGUCAUAAUGACAAUAUUCUUUGAUCUAAGUAGAAGAAUGGGGUACUUCACUAUUCAGACCUACAUACCUUGCUCACUUACAGUUGUCUUGUCAUGGGUUUCAUUCUGGAUCAAUAAAGAGGCUGUGCCAGCAAGAACAUCAUUAGGUAUUACUACAGUUCUAACUAUGACAACACUCAGUACAAUUUCCAGAAAAUCACUGCCGAAGGUGUCCUAUGUGACUGCCAUGGAUCUCUUUGUGUCUGUUUGUUUUCUGUUUGUCUUCGCCGCCCUCAUGGAGUAUGGAACCCUACAUUAUUUUGGCAGCAAUAGAAAAAACACCAAAAAGAAGAAGCAGCAAUCCAAACCAGCAAAAUCACCUGCUAUUAAUGUCCGCCCAGGAUCAACAUUAAUUCAGGUGAACAACAUUGCACAUCUACAAGAACAUGAUGACUACGGCUAUGAGUGCUUGGAUGGCAAAGACUGUAGCAGUUUCUUCUGCUGCUUCGAGGAAUGCCGUACAGGAGCCUGGAGGCAGGGGCGAAUACAUAUCCGUAUUACCAAAAUUGAUUCCUACUCUAGAAUAUUCUUCCCUACAGCAUUUGGUCUGUUCAACCUGGUUUAUUGGAUCGCAUAUCUUUACCUAUAAAAAUAACAUUCAGUGGCAUAAGAAGAGGAUGAAUAAAUCAGCAGUGGUAGAAUUUUAGCCUAUACAUUGUUUGAUUGUGUUGGUCAUAAAAAUGAAAUAUUAUUUAACACUUUCAGAAAAAGAAAAAUAAUGUGAAAAAAAUCAAUUUUUAUCAUUAUUAUGUUUGAAUUAGUUGACAUGCUGCCAAGUGUGCAGCUUACCUUGAAUUCUUGUGCCAUAUACAGUACAUACAUCAUGCACAUUUUCAAAUAUUGAUAUUUUUCAAGAUGUACAUUUGAUAAAAUACAAACAUUUAUAUUCAUUUUAACACAUGCAUCUUUGUCAUAUGGCAGACAGCUAAUUGAUAGGUGACCCGCAUUGCACCUUGGGCAGUAUCAACACAAAUCAGUUAUCAAGAACAAAUCUGCAGAAAAUCCAAUCACUCAUUCUCAAAAGAACAUUAAGUUUUGAAUACAAAAUGGAAUUAAAUCUAAUCUAAACUGGAUCACAAAAUGUUAUCUGCUUUCAAGCCCAUUUUCUGCUCAUUUUAUUUACUGUGGUUUAUGAAAAAAUAUGGUGUUUUGACCAGAACUAUAAAAGCAACUAUCCUCUCAAACUGAAACUUUUUCUGUAGUGUGCGGGGAUGUGUACUGAUGAUGCAUUGUCGUAUUAGUAAUCCUGCUCAGUAGCCAGAACCAAAAAUUCAGUCUAAUUUAUGUAAUUUCUGAUAAAGUAUUCACACAAGAUAUAUAAAAUUCAACAUAGCAGCUAAUUUAGAUCAUUAAUAAAUACAUCUGUGAUGUUAUCAUGAUUUUCUGAUCAUGUUUGCAUUUCAUAAAGACUAAGUGCACUUAACAUCAAUGUGAUCUUGGUCAGCAAGUUGUGAUAUGAUACAAAGGCAGCAGCCAUUUUAAGGUGCUGUGAUUCUUAAAGGAAUAUACAUCCCACAAGCAGCAAUUUUUUUCUUAGCUCAGAGAGACACUGUCAGUCUUUUAUUAGGGUGACUUCAUAAUUCAAUUUGCUUUUGCAGUUUGUAUCAAUAUAAAGCUGUUUCAACUUUGUAUGAAUGCAAACUGUGUAUUAUAGAUCGCCAAUAAAGAUGUUAGGUUUUAUAACGUAAUAAUUUCCUCCAGUCUAUCAGCAUUGGAAAAUCCCAUAUAUAAACUGCACAAGAGGAACUGCACUACAUGUUAUCCACCCAUGCUCUAACCCAUUCUAUGGCUGGUAACAAAAAAGGCUGAGCUGCAGUUGAAAAUAAUGAUUUAAUUUUGAAAUGGAAAAAAAACAUACGGAAAAAUUAAAUAUCUUCAAUUAUUACCAUAACCUCAACAGAAGAACAAUAUCUAGAAGUUCAGUACAAAAUUGACAUUGACUUUUUAUAUUUAAUAAGAGUCCCAGUGUUGCCCAUUUCUGAUUAUCAAAUUAAAGGAAGCAAGCAAUAAUAAAUUUAAAACAUGUUUUCUUUUGGUGUAAGUGUACCCACAUUAGUGUGAUGAAUGCAAAUGUUUUAACUGUUAGCCAAAAUACCCAGAUUAAAUAAUAUUACAUUUAUAUAGUCCCAUUUGGUAUUUAAACUCAAUAUAAAAUCCAACAAAUUAAGCUACUGACCUUUCAUAAUCGUUAAUGUAGACAUUUCAACCAACAUGCAAUAUAUGAUGAGCUUUGACAAUAGGAUGAAUGUCAUUAGAAUUUUAUACAACAAAUGUUAUAUUUUACUAUACAAGUUUUAUCAUCAGCUUUUUAGUUUCUUCCAACUUUCAUCUUCUUCGCCUGAGCAUUCAUAACA